AUGGAAAUGGAUAUGAAUGAGCAGGAGGCAGAACUAUCGAGCCAGCUGGAAAAUCUAACAAUAAAUUCACCACGAAAACCACGCUCGAACGCGCACAGUAACAAUGGUAAAGUAUUUAAGGAAUAUGAGAGUAACCACGAUUUUCAAGACUCAAACUUUACUUCACAAGUUGUGGAACCCACUAUAUCCGAUUCUGUCAAGAAACCUCCUACGAUGACAGUUUUGAACAAUUAUAGCACUGUGCAUCAGAAAGUGCCGUCAGGGUUCUCAGGCACCACUGCUACAUCUCAUCAAGAGGCUCAAUGGAAGCAAUAUUUCCCUGGCAUUGGUAGUGGUGGUGCUACCAACGUUGGUGGCGGUGUUGGCACUGCAAACAAAGUCCCUGAAUCGGACCUCAUUGUGAGCGACCUGGUUAAGGAUUUAUCUGGUGUACUUGAAACGAAUACAUUUAAAAGACAUUUAGAUAUGAAGAAUAAAACUACUACCAUGCAGGCCCAUGAAAACCAUGAUACGAUUAGUAUCUCGCAUUCUAAAGAUUUUUUUAAUGGUGAGAAGGUGUCAUCAUCGUUUUCAGAUGAUAGCGAUUCUGGUCCAGCAGCUGAAGCUCACGAUGUAUUCGAUGGAAUAUUAAAAAAGCAAAAAUCGAAUUAUUUAGUGGGUUCUUAUCCAGGCAAUAGCAACAAUAUCAAUAUCAAUAACGGCAUAACGAAAAAGGACGAAGUGGACACUUCCAAUUCUUUUGAAUUUUCUUCUUCGUCAUCUAUGUCCUCCUCUCAAACUCAAUCAGGCAAAAAUUCAAAAGUUCUUAAGAAACCUCCAUUGAACACUAUAUCUCCCGGCCAAUUGGGGUAUCAGUUCAACCAUACACAUGGUGCAUGGGAUCCGCCGUUGAAUCAAGGCUUAGAUGUGUCGAGUUCACAUUCUCUGGACAAUACAUCUUCCAACCAGUCCCAGUUCACCACAGUGGUACCAACUGGAGAUACCCACGCCAAGGGUAAAGCACCUUCAAUUCUAGAUAAAAAGGCUUACGAAUUUGUCAGUAGCAAACCAGGUGACGUUGGCUACCACCAAAAGAUAAUACAAGAAGAAGAAAAUUUAGCAAAUAAUGAUGAUACGCCCCUGGACACACCAAAGUUUAACGACCUUUUUACGAAAAGUGACAAUAGAGCGAAGGUGAAAGGACAAAUGCGUACCUCUCGUUCAAUCUCUAAUUCCAAUCUACUGGAAACCCGCAAGAAACUAAAAACUUUCCCCGCUGAAAGGGUCGAAGAUAUUACGUCGAUUUCUGAAGUGAACACCUCGUUCAAUGAAACUGAAAGGCAACUAAUAUCAAUCUUGACUAGCAAGCUAUCUGGUUCUCCAAGCCAUGAUUCUGAUUGGGAAAAAAUCCUGAAAGUUGACCUAUCAAAGGGUAAACUGAAGAAUAUGUUUGGCUUGCAAAGACUGCUACCAAAUUUAUUAUUGUUAAACCUUAAUGACAAUGAAAUGAACACACUAGAAGGUAUACCAUUAAACGUUGUUCAGCUCUUUUGUUCAAACAACAAGAUAACGAGUGCACACUGUUCAUUAGUUGGAUUCAACGAUCUAGAAUGCCUCGAUUUAUCGUACAACCUCUUGAAUACAAGUUUAAAAUUUUUGUCACUUUGUCACCAUUUGCAAGAAGUCAACCUUUCUUACAACUCUAUCCAAUCCUUAGAAGGGAUAGGAUCGUCCAGGAUUAAAAAACUGAACCUUGCCAAUAACGAGAUUAACGGUAUCAUCGAUUUUGAACAAUUGAUCCUAACAAACAACUCUGUUGUGGGCGGUUGGUUGACCAUAGAAGUCCUGGACCUGAGCAACAAUAACAUAAUGGGAGUAAGAAACAUCAAUUGCUUGCCCCACCUGAAAAUUUUAAACCUCAAUGGCAACCCGCUAGUCUCCAUCGUGGAAUCCUCGAAGAUUGAAAACCCAUCGUUGAGAGCGCUUUCCAUCAAAAAUACAGGAGGCGCGUUAUCCAAAUUACAAAAUUACAAGUUGAAUGAUCAAUUCGUCUUCCCCUACCAAAAUCUAAAGAUCCUAAAAUUGGAGGGCUUCGCUCAACUAAGCAAAUGGCAAAAAUGGCCCGCCUCUCUGCAAAUUCUGGAGAUUAACGGCGGGCUCGCCUCCUCUUUGCCGCGAUUCUCUUCUCUAAAGUCCACCAACUUGUAUUCUCUAACCAUAACUAAUGUUAGAGACUUCACACAUCUACCAGUAGACCUCUCCAAGGAACUACCGUUCUUGCAAGAGCUACAUCUGCCGGGCAACAACCUACAAAACGCGCACAAGUUAACAAAAACUCUCCCACGAGGAUCGGUAAAAUUCCUCGAUCUACGAAAUAACCCAAUCACAGCACCGCGCCGCGAUCGUGACAGCACAAGCUUGUACUAUCAGCAGUUGUUCCAGAUUGCUGGCCUCUGUCGGCAGCAAUGUCCCGCGCUGGCGACCCUCUGGCUGGAUGACACCCCUGCUCCAACCGCCACGAACCUGUAA